AUGCAACGAGGAGCAGCAGUUCUAAGUGGUAUCAAGUGUCACGAGAGGAGCUGUGAGCAGAACAGUAUCAUCAGUCCCCCUCUCUUCUCGCCUUCUACAAGUGUUGGCGUGCACUUGGUCAGGAGCACUCCUUCGUCCACCUCGAGUGACAGACAUUCGUUGGAGGGCGUGGCCGGAUCACCUGACAAAUUGGAAAAAUCGCAGGCCAGUUGUGCGUCCUAUCCAAACCAUAAGCAGCAUAAUUCUCAUGGACAGAACAACAACCACAACUCUAGUCUGAAGAGUAUCAAGAGUGAGAUGAAAGGGUUCCUGAGGAAGAGACUGAACAAGGCACUCGCUCAGAGGGGAUUCUCUCCGAGCACUUCAUUUUCAAACAUCUCAAAUUUGGGCACAUCUACAUCGUCGCCAUCAGCGAGGCAGACCAACAAAAUGGACUCGACUGGAGCUCCACAGAGAACUCCACCGACGAAGUCUAACAAAACCAAAAUCAUCCCCGAGAGAGGAAACAUCGCAUCCACCAGUCCUUCUAACCACAGUUUCCUGCCGACUGACGAGCGUCGAAAGAUCUACCAAAGUCCAGAUUUUGUGGAUCAAUCUCAGAAGCGACUGGCCAAGGCAGUGAUGAUCAUUUAAAGUCAACAAUUUACGCUUAAUAAGUUUUUGAAGAAUUGAUUUGUACUGGUUAUUUUACGAAGCCAAUAUUUCGUUUGGGCACAAUGAUUGAGUGAAAA